AAGCUGAGCAAGCAGCUCGACUGGGACGUGCAGGGGCGCUUUGAGCACGUGCCCGAGCAGACGCUGGCCAGCGCAGGCUACCUCGACGUGGUCAUCGGCAUCCUCGACGGGCUGGCUGGAGAGAAGGACGCCUCUGAGAAGAGGCGAGUGGUCAGAGCUGCUCUGUUUGAGGGCCAAAGGCGCAAGGAGGAGACGCUCUCUCAGUUUGCUGUGCGCCGGGAGCAGGAGUUCAUUGGGGCUGACAGGUACCUGAGCAUCCCCUCGGAGCUGAAGGCCUUCAUCCUGGAGGAGACGGCGGGACUAUCACGACAAGGGCUGCAGAACCUGCGGACGUUGACGGGCGGCACCGUUGACUUCGACAAGGUGGUCGGGGCUUUGAAGACGCUCGACGUCGAGGAGGAGCCGCUCACCAAGGGGAAGGGAGGCCUGUUUUCAGGACUUGCCGAGGGCAGUGAACCUGGACAGGGGGCGGCCGAGCCGGAAAGCGACACCGAGGACGACUACGGCGAGCGGGCCGACGCCUUUCUGGCCCAGAUCGACGACGUCGACGAGGACACCGCCCUGGAGAUGCUGAACGCCUUCGAGAAAGAGGAUGCGAAAACCACCGAAAGGCGAAGGACCUGGAAGCAGAACAAGGACCGGAAGGCCGCAGCGAGGAAAGACCGCCGUGUGUUCAGCCGUCCCAGGCUGACGGUGGGCGACUUGAAGGAGUGCACUCGGUGCGCAAACUGCGGCGGGAGAGGCCACUGGAGAGCUGAGUGCAAAAAGCCGUUUCGUUCCAAGGAAGAGCGGGGCCGAGCCGAAGGGAAAGGAAUGGACAGCGGGCGCCGGGCCGUGGCGUUCGUCUACCUUGGCGCCGAGGACAACGACGAGGCCGGGAACACGUUCGUGGGCCUGGCGGUCGGCCGGCUACGUGUGGAAGGGAGUCGCCGAUUGGAGCACCAGGUGGCCAAGAACCACACCGAGGAGGCGCCGCACCCCAGGACCAACGGCACGAUCAGGCACCACGCGGCCCAGGACACCCUCGAGAAAACGAUUCACCCGAAGGACCGCGACGCGAUCAGGCACCAGACGGCCCAGGACUUGCCCAAGGGAGCGAUUCACCCAAAGGACCGCGACGCGAUCAGGCACCAGACGGCCCAGGACGAGCCCGAGGAAGCGAUUCACCAGAAGACCGCCGGCAGCAGUGGGCAACUCAGCUUGGCCGCGGAGGGCAACACUUUGUGCCUGCUGGCACUCGAGCCCGGACACGCCAUUCUUGACAUUGGCGCGGCCCAGGACCUCAUCGGCAAGGAGGCGUUCGACAGACUGUCAGAGCGGCUGCGGGAGCAAGGGCUCAGGAGCUUGAAGCUGAGCACGUCGCCGCCGACGGCACACGGGGUGGGCGGGAAGGCCACACCUCUCUUCCAGGCGCUCAUUCCUUGCAUCCUGGCUGGGGUGCCUGGCGUGGUGCGGGUCACGGUGAUCAAGGAGAGCAUCCCGCACCUGCUCUCGGUGGGGCUUCUGGAAUCGACUGGGGCGGCCAUCGACAUGAGGCGCAACACGGUGAACUACCAGGAGCUGGGCGUGAGCGAGCAGAUGCAGCGGCUGAGGUCGGGACACAGGGUUGUAGACAUCGCUUCGUGGCGUGGCGGCGAUUUUCCCACACCGCCCCACCUCAAGGAGGAGUUCGGUCUCACCAACGGGGCCUUCAAUCUUGGCGCACCUUUGACCGGGAAGGCGGAGAAGCCGGCACGCAGCAUGAUUCACACGUCGCAUGCGCAUGUUGUCCUGACCGAGAAGUGUACCAUGAACACGGGGGUGAAGCAGCUCAUGCAGGGCUUGAUGCUGAUGACGCGUGCGUGCCGGAGCCCUUUGCUCGAGUGGAAGAAGAUCGUGAGCAAGAUGCUAUGCCACCGAGUCACCAGCCAGAAGCCCGUGACCGAGCAGGAGUGCGGACACCCCGCCGAUUCCAGAGUCAAUGGGGCAAAUCAAUAUGGCUCCUGGCAGCGCUGUCUGCUAUGUCAGACAAAGAUCAGCUAUGUGCCCCACCGAGCGCGGCCGAAAAAGAAAGCUGGCAAGGCACAGGUGGCGUACGUGAGCGAGCCGCCACCGGUUGCAAUGAUGAGGGCGCAGCCGGCUUCGAGCAGUGGGUCUGGGGAGCGGGCCACCGAGGUGAUUGCCGCGCUGGGCAAGGUCAUGGCCGAGAACACCCACCAGCUGCAGGUUGCCAUGGCACAGUGCAACCAGCAGGUGCUGCACGGCAUGGCCCAGAGCAACCAGGAGGUCAUGUCCUCGAUGGGCACCAUGGUGCAGACGAUGCAGGCCAUGCAGGUCACUCAGCAAAGCAUGGUGCAGGAAGUGCGGCAGGUGGCGGGCGGAACGGCCGCCAUAGCACAGGCCGCUGGGCUGAUGAUGCCGGCCGCGGCAAUGACCUCGAGCGCUGAGUCCACAGUGGAGUUCCGAGCAGACGGCGGCGAUGUGGCAAGCCAUGGGCAGACCACCGCAAUGAGCAGCGGGGAGGCGAAGAACUACGCCGCGAACGCCGACGAGCUGGACGAGCCGAUCCACCCCAAGAACGCGAAGACGAGGCACCAGGAGGCCCAGGCGCAGCCGGCGACCAAGGAGCACCACGUGACGAACGCCGGCAAGGUGAACGUGCCGAUUCACCCCAAGAACGCGGAGACGAGACACCGAGGCCCACUCAGGCUGCGCCGAGAGAUUGGCUUGCAGCUGGUCCGAGCUGCGGGCAACACGUUCUUUGUGGGCCGGGGUCGGUCUUCCUUGAGGUCUGUGCCGAGCACCUUCGCGGAAGGAGGAGGUCAGCUAAGAUGCGCUCGGCAGGCAGACGGGCCAGGCAGAGUCAACCUUGUGGAGUGGGAGCUGCCAGGCCUAGGGGCACACCUCGACAACUUGGAUCUCGAGGCCGAGCCGGACCAGGACCUUUGCAGCAAGGAGAAGAAGAAGAUCCGGAGAGCGAUGCGCAACCUAGCCGGGGAACUUGGAGGACACCGGCACCCUAGGAAGCCGCUGGUCUUUGUGGUUCACGACGGCGGCGGCGAGGAACGAGACCAAGUAUGGAGAACGACGGGGGCCGAGGUGAUCGAGUUUAACCACGGUUGCCGGUGGGACUUCAGCAAGGGAACGCGCAGGGAGGCCUUCGUCAACCUCGUCCGGAAGUUCAACCCAGACCUCCUCAUGAUCGAGCCGGGGGUCGCACGGGGCCGGCGAAACGCCGAGCAAGACCUGAGAGAGAGAGUGCGGCAAAGGGUGGUGAACUGCUUUUGCCACCGGCUGUGCAAGGAGCGGAUCGGCAACGGCAGGGCGACCAUGUGGGUAGAGCACAACCUGGAACACGACUUCGAGAAGGAGGAGAAGGAGGCCCUUGAGUACCAGGGGGCCGUCUUCUGUGGCGACCACGCCGGGGACCAGGUCGUGCUCACCAACAGCCCGGGCAUCUACCUCACGGCGCGCCCUGGAGAUGCCCCCAGCAGCCGACUUGCCCAAGCAGUUCAAGGCUUGAGCGCCGAUAACGCCGACUUCGCCGAGCACGACCCGGAGAACGACAACGACGAGGACGCCCAGGAGGCCGACGAGGAGGAGGACGCAAGGGGAGUUGGAGACUUUCCACCUCAAGAAGAUGACGGCGAAGAACUUGGGCAACAGGGCCACCGAGAGAGAGAAGUGGCCAGGCUGAUCGAGAAGCUGCACGUGAACAUGGGUCACUUGUCAAGAGACCGCAUGGUGGUGAUGCUGCAUGCGGCCGGAGCAAGGGAAGAUGUUUUGGAGUUCGUGCGCAAGCGCUUUGGCUGCGAGCUGUGCGACCGCAGACAGAGGGAGGUGCGGCGAAGAGUGGCUGCAUUUCCGAGGACGUUCACCUUCAAUCGCAUCGUGGCAGUGGACACCUUCUACCUGCCGUGGCGCGGCCGGUCCCUUCCGGUGCUGAACGUCGUCGACCACGGCUCCCACUACCAGGUGACGACGCUCAUCAAGACCACCGAGGGGAAGGAGCAGGAGCACCCAGGCGGUACACCAAGCUCCGAGGAAGCCUGGAAGAUCUUCAACGAGUGCUGGAUCCGGCCCUUUGGGGCCCCCGAGGUCGUCUUGAGCGAUGGUGGCACCGAGUUUGCCAAGGACUUCGUCACCGGUCUAGAGCUUCACUCUGUGUUUCACCAUGUCGUAGAUGCCGACAGCCCGUGGCAGAAUGGAGUCGCUGAGAGGCACGGGGGGGAAAUCAAGCGUCGAGUCUUGCGAGAACUAGCCGAAGGGAACACCGUGCUCACCAGCACGGAGGGCAUCGACCUCAUGCUGUGCCACCUCACCGCUUGCAAGAACCAGUUCUAUUCCAGAGCUGGGUAUUCCCCAGCACAGCUUGUGUUCGGGAGGAACCCGAGGGUUCCAGAAGAGCUGCUGUCGGACCUAGUGGCCAGUGCACCGGGGAGACAGGCAAUGGCCAGUGACCCCACCAACCUUGAGGGGAGCGAGAGGGCCUACGUGCAGAGCUGCAUCAUUCGCCAGAGGGCCAGGGAACUGAUGUUCGAGAAAGUAUCUCAGGAACGGCUGCAACGUGCGGCCAAAGCUCCGAGGCACAGCUAUCAGCAGUAUGCUCCAGGCCAAUGGGUCUACGUCUUUCGGCGCUCCCCCCAGAGAGCGCGCUGGUCGGGGCCAGGCUUGGUGCUGCUCCAUCAGGGGACUACCAUCUGGAUUGCGAUGCGCGCCAGGUUGUGGAAAUGUAACGUGGACCAAGUGAGGCCCGCGAACAGCACGGAGGCGCUCGGUGUCGAAAUCAUGAAUUCGAUGCAGUACCGAGAGCUUCUCCGGAACCUGGAGGGGAAAAGAGCUGGAGCGGUCGAUGUGGCGAAAGAAGGGACACCGCCCGAGGACGCAUGGGAGGAGCCGCGCGAGGAGGAGGCGCCGGUCACGCUUCCCCCGGCAGCUGAGGCCGAACCAGAAGGCGAGCUGGGCACACCUGGUGGUCGUGGCCACCCUGGGGCGACGGAGGGCGAGGAGAGAGAGGCGAUCAUGCCGGGAAGGGUCUCCAUUCAAAGCACAACGGCCCCGAGCGAAGGACUCGAGGAGCGACUGGACCCGAUCGUGGAGGAGGAGCUGCCCAGAGCCGCAGAGCAGGCGGCGGCACGGGCACGAGCAGUGGACACCAGUCCUGUGCCACCCCUCCCCGCUCGGGAGGAGAACGCUGCAAGGAGAAGGUCUCGGUCACCUGUGCCACCAACUCAGCGGGCCAACCUGGAACGCGCCCAGGCCGAGCACCUCGACGAGAUGCGUCGCACGGCGGAGGACGGCACAACCACUGACGAGCCGGACCUCCACGGCUUGGGCCUCGACGAGCGCACCCUCGCGGACCUGGCGGGCGUCAAGAGCGCUGAGCGAGAAAGGCAGCGCCUGGACCAGGAGAAGGUGACGCCCUACACGUUCGAGGCAGGGGAACAAGGACUGCCGCGGGUGUUUGUGGCAGGCCGGGGAGACGAGUUCAACAUGAAGCGGGCCACCGAGGAGGAGAAGGAGGGCUUCAAGGUCUCCGACCACACCGAGUGGACCAACGUGGUCGGGAUGGGCGCGGUAAAGGUGUGGAAGGGAGAGGACGCAAGGGAGCUGCGCAGGCAGUUCGCAGGCCGGAUCUUGCGAAGCAGAAUGGUGCGGCGCAAGAAGCCGAUGCCCGGGGUCGGGUGCUUCAAGUACAAAUCCCGAUGGUGUGUGCUUGGGUUCGACGACCCCGACGCAGCAGACCUCAGAACCUUCUCACCGACACCGCAGGCAGAGGUCAUCAACGUUUUCUUCCAGACUGCCUUGAACCUCGGCCUGAGCGUGGUCUUUGGAGACGUCACUUCGGCGUUUUGCCAAGGGCGAAAGCUGGCGAGAACGGCCGGAAGACUCUUCGCCGAGCCGUGUCCCGGCAUUGACGCUGAGGCCACCGACCUGGUGGAGCUGCUGGUGGCCGUGUACGGGCUCGAGGACGCCCCAGUGUGCUGGGCGGAGACAGUCCAGGAAUACUUGUGCGGCGAGUUGGGCUUCCGGAAGUCGCUGCUAGACCCGUGCCUCUAUGUGAGGCAGAACAUGGAGCAGCCGAUCGAGAAGCGGCUGGAGGCCAUGAUCCUUGUCGAGGUGGACGACUUCAACGUGGCGGCGCAACCGGAGUUCGAGCAGGGCCUCCUCGACAGCCUCCGCGGCAAGUUCAAGUUUGGGAAGUGGCUUCGCAACGAGGCAGACUUCAACGGAAGACACGUGAGGGUGACCGAGAACGACGUCUACAUGCACCAGGAAAAGUACGUGAUGGAGAAGGUCAAGGCCCUUGAGCUCAGCAAGAACCGCCGCGCCCAGAAGGACAGCCCGCUCAACGAGAAGGAAGCCGAAGAGUUCCGCUCCAUGCUGUAUCGCAUAAGCUGGCUGGCACACCAGACCAGGCCAGAAGCAGCCGGGCUCACGAGCAUCCUCAGCUCGCGCUUGAACCGGGCCACCGUGUCGGACCUCAUCACGUUGAACAAGAUGGUCGGGCACCUGAGGUCGACCCCAAGGCAGGGCAUAAGACUGCGCCGGUUCCGGCCCGGGGAAAUGUGCUUCGUGGGCGUGAGUGACGCCGGUGGGGUCGACGGCCUCUCCGACGGGAACGGCGCGGACGGCAUGAUCGAGGACCCUGUCCAGGCUUCGUGGCUGGUGCUGGCGAGCGACAAGGUGCCGACGCACGACGAGCACCUGCGAGUGUCGGUGCUCUCCUGGAGGUCCACGAAGCUCAAGAGGCGGGUCACAAGCACGCUGGCCUCGGAGACGCUGGCCUUCUCCCAGUGCCUCGGGGAGAUAGAGUGGAUGCAGGUGCUCUACCGAGACAUUACCUUCGGAGAUGUCACGCCGGAGGCUUGGAGACAGGUGAUUCGACCAUUCCCCUGCCUCCUCAAGAGCGGUAGCUCACUGGCGGGGCGACAGGAACAGUGCGGCAUCACCGACGCGAAGUCAUUGUAUGAUGCGCUGGUGAAGGCCCACCCGGCAAGUCGCCAGGACAGAAGGAACGCCUUGGAGCUGGCAGCCAUCAUCGACGCGAUGAACAAGGGAGGCGGAGUGGUGCGAUGGACGUCGCACCAGAGGAUGGUCGCCGAUAUGCUCACCAAGGCAGACAUCGGCAGAGGCAACGGAGCCCUACUACACCUUCUGAGGACCGGGGUGCUGCACAUAGAUGAUGAAGCAAGCGAGCUCAAGAGACGCCACGGUGCUGAAGGCAAGGCCCGCACACGUGCGGCCACAGAGCGUUUGCUUGAUCGGGAAGAGGCUGAAGAGCGACAAGAGCUAAGCCUCUUUGCUCUAAGUGCAGCCAGCAAGGUCAGCUUAGUUUUGGGGAAGCUGUUAAACUUACCCAGCACAUUACCAUUUAGUGGUGUGCGAGAGCCCAGCUGUGAUCACUCCUGA